GAAGACGAUCUGUUGCGGCCUUGUUGUGCAAGGCCGCACGCGUCUGCGGCCACCGAGUCUCAUCGAGCGCGCUUGCGGUGGCGGCGGCGGCGGGAACCCGUCAGUGGUGGUGCGGACGCGGACAGGCCGCACCUCCUUGUGUGCCCGGUACAGGAAAGCCGGCAAGAGGAAACGGAGGAGACACGAUGCUUACUGCGGGCUGGAGGAUGCGGCGGCGGCGAGCCUGCACCGCUGUGCUUCUGUUUGACCUCCUCGCCCUUUUAUUUCUUCACGAGGAGGCGGAAGCCGCCAGCUCGACCAGGGGUCUUUGUCGCGCGAGGCACCCGACCCGCAACUUCGAGCUGACCGACGGCCGUUGCAUGCCGGUGCACGAGUGCCUGGAGUCGCUGAGGGGCGUGGGCCGACUCAAGUUCCCCAUCUUCUGCGGCGUCGAGAUUCUGCUGCCCAUUGUGUGCUGUCCGCUCAGAGCCCGUCCACGCGGGACGACGGCGACUCCUGGCGAGCAAGUCGAGGCGACUUUACCGCCGGCGUUGCCAACACCGGACCGAUCUGAAGCAGCCGUCGGCGAACAACAAGAAGAGCCCCACCGCGCCGCUCAAGAUAGCCAGCCGCCUGUUCCUGUCGUUUUUUCCGGAUCGGCAGAUGAACCAUCGGCUGAGUGCGAGACACCCAGUGGUCAGCAGGGCGCCUGCCUGCCGUUGGAGAGCUGCGUGCCACUGCGCGACCAAGUGCGCCGCAAGGAGUUCCCACCGCUGUGCGACCUGCGAGGCACCACGCCGUACGCCUGCUGUCCUGCGAGGCUCUUACGCCAAGGCUCGCAACAUAUAGGUGCCGUAGAGACGACUCCUGCACCACCUGACGACGACAUGUCGAGUGUGGCCCUCAACAGAGCCAUUCGCAUGACACAGAUCGUGCUCGAGAACAACAGGUAUUGUGGCAAGACACCCGAGUCAUCUUCUAUGCAACCAGGGAGGUACACUCCCACCGUGCUCGGAGGCCGCUCUGUAAACCUCGGAAAGUACGCCUUUGCUGUGGCCAUAUUUCGAGAUGAAGUGAAAAUUCUCAACUACUGGUGCGGCGGCACGCUGAUAACUUCCCGGGUCGUUCUCUCUGCUGCUCAUUGUUUCGUAUAUUCACUGAACGGCACCAAGUACAUCGCACGAGUGGGCGGCGUCAACAUAUCGGACGUGAGCAACGCCACGUUCGUGCAGAGAAACGUGGCAUCGGUGCACCUGCACCCGGAAUACAACGACCGUCGCCACUACAACGACGUUGCCCUCCUGCUGCUGGAUAUACCAGCGCGACAGCGCGGCGUGAAUCAGCCGUUCGCUUGCUUGCCGAAUGCUGAAUCGGCUGCGACAAUGCACGGAAUAGCCACCGUGCUGGGCUGGGGACACAACGCCUUCGGUGGAACCCUGCAGACUGUCCUCCAAGAAGCACAAGUUCCUCUAGUGCACAACGCCGCAUGCGACCGAGCGUACCGCUCUUUGGGUAGCUACGACCGCGAGUUUCCGCACGGCGUCAACGAGCACUUUGUCUGCGCCGGAAACAUUACGGACGGUGGUGUCGACGCCUGCCAGCAAGACUCUGGGGGCCCGCUGGUCGUGAACGUGGAUCGUGGCGGCGAAACCUACUAUGAACUCGUCGGCGUCGUGUCCUUCGGCGUCGGCUGCGGCUCGGCUGCCUUCCCAGGGGUGUACGCCAGUGUGUCGCAUUUCAUGCCCUGGAUUCUCAACGCGACUGCAGGCAUCGUUCCCGAGGGAGCGUACGAUCGCGUCAAUUUCGUCUAAGCACUACAACCGCGUCUCACCAUCUGAAAGACAUUGCUCAAGCAGGAUCUUGCUUUGAGAGAGUUGGUAAUUCAUGUCGAAGGGCAAUGGGUGAAGCAAAAUGACGACUACGGGAACAUAGAGUAACAUACCGUGCAUUGUUAACUACCAAAUAGAGGAAUAGGACGUACAGUAAUAGAGUAAUAGAACUACCCACUAGAGAUGGUAGUUGGUAGUUGAGGCCCGCUUCUGCGCCAACUACCCACUCUAUAGUUGGUAGUAUCCCGUUACUCCAAGUUCCAGUCAUCGUCGUUUUGCGCCACCUGUUUCCAUUCGACAUAAAAGGCAUUGAUCCCGCGCCUGAUGGCGCAGAAAGCGUCUGCAGGUGUCGCGGGUAGGUUUUGCCUGUUCCGCGAAUCCGAGAGAAUAGCGGUCGUCGAUUUCACCAGAUGCACUGUAACAGCUAUCGAGAAACCAAAAAUGAGCGGCAGCUCUACCCGAUGUGCCCCAAGUGCGCAAGCCUUGCUUCAACUAUCAGUGGCGCUCGAGCGUCAAAUGGUUUACGCCUCCGUACCACGGGGCAUGAAAUGGGUUAUGUUGUGAAGUUCAGACGUGCGAGUUCACAAAAGGCACACGGACACUUAUCGGUGUGCCUAAUCCCUUAGUUUUGUGUGCGUGUAGCGCUUCCGUUUUCAAGACCCAUUACCAACUAACCCGCCAACGUACUUUGCUUUAAGCUGAAGUGCUAGCUGUCAGUAUACAGCAUAAAACGGAACCAAGCAUUGAAAUAGACACGUGCUAAAUUUUGUCACCCCACCCAAUUUAUUCCUUGAGCUCUGUUCUGUAACGGAUUUUGAUCUGUUUGCCAAUGACACUGCCAUGUGCACUACUACUGUUAUUCCUCUAUCACUUAAAGUCAACGGGCCUGUGUUGUCUCCUUUUAUCACGUGGCACUUUCCUUGUACGCACGUGUGCUCAGGGAACCUUCUCUUUCGCUCAUCAUUCUAUUCCCUCAUUUCUCUUACCCUGUGUAGGGUAACCAACCGGACGCUGUUCGUGUUAACCACCCUACCCAAUUGUCUACAUGUUGUUCUCUUUCAUUUGUCGCUACGGUUACAAUUAAUGAUCGUGAUGACGAUUGCAGUGAUGAUGGUGGUAGCAAAAAGGAAUCGCUUUAUUAGCGCCACCGGGAGAGGUUUUGUUUGUCUUUUCUUUUUAUUUUCAGUUACUUUAGCGAUAAGUUCCUACGCCACCUUACGAGCCCUGUUCUACGUGCUAUAGUUCCUAGAUUUGUUCGCAUUAAGCGUGAUGAAUCGCACAGUUUCAUAGGUCGUGUUGGUCAAUCUGUGCUUCAAAAAGUUAAUAGAAUGCAGCAAAUGAAAAACACUACAAAGAAGACACACAAGGCAGGCUGCGAGAUGCAGCUUGCGAACAUAUUUACUACUUCGGCCCUGGGAAAACUUUCAAGCCACGUUCGUGGCUUUUAGUUCCGGUCCCAUAUUAAACCUACAGAAAACAUUUUUUUAAAUCAAGUUUGUUCCUAUCGGUAUUUGGCUACUGUUGGGACUUGAGCUCACGACCUUGUGCUCUUGUGCAUCAUUUUAAUGUUCAUAGAAACAGUACGCGCAUUCUCAGAGUGUGAAGUUUGUGUAUACACUCGAAAAAAAAACACAUUAAAAACGUUUUACCUAUCACCAGCUCCCCUACGCGUCUUCACUUCCCCUUGAACUGAUGCGUCAUUGCAUAUCAACUUCGGCUAGAAACUCGCAGUAUUCCUUGCGACUAUCCAAAAUUUCGUCGUACUUCUUCCUUGCGCGGGCUAUGCGGAAGGUAUACCGGCCGAAGAUGAGCCCAUUGAUGUCAGGGAUACUCCUGCGGAUAGAAAGACGGGUCACUAUUAUGGUGCUUGCGAACACAUACUAUGAAUAGUAUGAUUGCACACACAUGAAAACAGGCGCUACUCCGAAUGAUACCACAGGUUUCUAGCACAUCGUUCUGUCCUUCUUACUGUCAUUUCGUUUCAGUUCAGUUGCCCUUAUUUAGUAUUUAACUGUGUCGCGAUGUCUUUCACGUACAUGGCGUGAAGGCUCCUCAAGUUAUCUUUUGGUUUGUUUAUCUUGCAGACAGAGCUUGAGUCUUGCACACCUCCAGGUGCUAGCUAAGUUUAUCUUCAGCUGGGGCCGAAUUCACGAAGCAUUUCGUUAGUAAGACCUGUAUGUCAUUGGCAGGGCACUUUCGCAAAUAAUAUGUCAAAUAUUACGAUUGGUUGUAUGAAUUUGCUCUGAAGAAAAUCUUUAGUGCAAGUACUUUUUCUUGAAUACGGGCCCUGAACUUUUGUUCUUGCAACAUAAGCCUGACGUUUAAAAAAAUUAAGUUCACAAAAAUUCUAUAGCCAGAAAUACAACGCGGUCCCAUCUUGCGACAAUUGAGAAUCAUUCUCGUUUUUUUUACGGUUCCUUUAUAAACGUUUAUGCUAUAUAAUGUAUGUUGUCCUCUGGUAAAUUACAGUUGUAUUUAUUUAUUGUGUAAAAUUCAGCAGGAUUUUUGCUGAGGUGCUUGCAGAAAGCAGGAGCGCAGGUCUGUCGCAAAAUGGGACCUUGUCGUAUUUUGUCGCAUAUCUGUUGUAGACAUUUUACAGGAUCACACCCAUGGGCGCCGCCAUAUUUGGUCACAUGACCGUGCCCGGCAAUGAGCACCUUUAGGUGAGCGUUUGUUCGCUUGUUUACGAUGGCUACGGCGGCCGCAGGCACGGCUCAGACAGCCGCUUCUUCAGCCACUACGGUGAGCAGGUAGACGACACAAAACUUUGGUUAAAACUGCAGAGGCAGUGUAAGUAUACCUUCCAUUUAUCCGUUCCGUCUGCAUUGCUAUCUUAUUGUGUGCAAGCUCACCGGUCGAAGGAGACGAAUGUAGUGGACUGAUGUUUGGUUUUACCCGUUAUAUUCGAGUCUUUACAACGGUAGACUUGUAAGACUGCUACGAACGACAGUGUGCGUGUUGUCGUUAACAUUACAUGUGCAAGAAAUUCCUUCGGGAAUAUAAGUAUGUGUGCGCGGUCAGAAAAUGCCUGUUUGCGACCUGCUCCGGACACAGUGGUUGGUUCCGACCACGUCAUUAUUGUCACCAGCGCUGACGAGAUAACUCAAUUUGGGAAAUAUUUUCUGAUUAUUUACAGCGCAGAUGAAAAUGUAGUCGCUCACGCUUUCAGAAAAAUGUUGCAAGUGGCCGAGCGAUCGCUCGCCUGCUGUUUGAUUCACGGCACAGCGAGAAAACUCGCGAUGCCCGCCUAUUAUUCCAAGUUUGACUUCGCUUCUAUGGAAAGCGAAGUUGCUCGAGUGAAUCAGUCGUGCUUCAGUCAGUCGAGGACGUAGCGCUGACUUACAUGCGUAUCGAAGUUCAACAUUCUGUGAUAUUUUGUUUCAGGCGCAGUGGCAUAACGCUGCGUUAUUGCUGCAAGCGGUGUUAGCCUAGCUGUCAUUACCGGCAAUCGGUUUCCGGUCGUUGCCGGCAACCGGAUAUUUUUAGCGCUGGUGGCUGAUCGUGUUGUGCUCGCCUUGCGGAAAGGUCUGCAUGAUGAAUGGUCAUGAACACGGGCACUCCUUGUGCAGCUGAUGCGGAUGAAGCUCGCACACAAUCUCAUCUCUCACCUUCAAGUGUCUGGUGCCGUUUUUGCAGUUCACAUCAGAGCACGUCUUCCAUCUACUCUUCGACAUUUUAAAUAAAUAGUACCAUAGUAUUAAGCGAUCCUCGGCCUCCCAGCGGAACGUUAUUGGAGCGGCCGGCGGCGGCUGAUGUCUGCUUGCUCUCGAGAAGGCCUUCAAUGGCGGCGCGCCUGUAGCGGCCCCUGGUUCGCGGUGCGCAGACUACUUACUCUAAAGGUCUGUGUUGUCUAUUGUAUUGUUUCGUUGACAUGAUUACAGUCAUAUGAAGUACUCGUCGUUAGCCGGCGUCUUUACUGUCAUUGUCUUUCGUGUGGGUCAGCGUUGGAAGUUACCACUUUUUCUUGCGCAAGAGCAGCUUUGCCAAGUCCUAGGAACAGUACUCGCAAAAGUUUUCGCAUACUCAAGAGCAGUCCACGAUGGGCCAUCACUACGACAAUCGUUUCGUUAUGAAGCACAUCUUUGUCAUAAUAGGUGGGAGGCCGAGCGCCGGCGAAUGAGAAACCGCUUUUACGUUAGAGAAGUUUUGUAAAUGCGGGCCCGAGGCUCAAACCACAAAGUUUUUCGUUCGUAAGUGCUCUUCGCCAUUAACUAGUAGCCUUCAAUAAUAAUUUGUCUAACGUCACGAUCGACUGGCAUCUGCUGUUCGAAAAGCUGUAGAGUAUAAACAUUUGCAUAAAUAAGAGCCACGGUUCAUAAGUCUUCCGUAAAAUCCUCCCAUGAUCGACCAUCAUGUCAGAAUUGGUGAAUAAUGUAAUAGACAAUACGGUGAUUAUACGUCAUCGGCGAUGCCGAGAACCUUGAAACCACAUUUUAUUGACAAAUUAACAACAUGAAUGUGGUCUUUUUUACAGAAGCUGGCAGGAUCAUACACUCUUAGAAGGAACGAAUCGUUAUUAUUCAAUCGCCGAUAUAUUGUAAAUGUGGAAUGAUGACUUGUAGACAGGCCUUGUAUCAGUUACUUAUUUCCAAUCUGCUAGAUAAAACGUUGAUGUUAUAUCAGAAUGAGUAAUAAUAAGAUGCUCUUGUCAAGGGCAGAUGACUCCGUACCGUGCGGAUCAGUAUCAGUGGGAACACCUGACUUUCAUUCAAGAGUGUAACAAAUGUUUCUUUUCACACCGACAUAAAAAAAAAUGCAGAAGGAACGCCACCUUGCCCGGAGAGCUACACAGCAAGUUUCAUAAGCAAGUGACUCAUAAGGGUUUGGGCGCGAGCUAAUUGGUACGGUUAAUUAAUUUUGCACAGCGCCAAAAAACACGGACAAGGGAGAACUUACAGCGCUCGUCUCGUGUUCACCCUUGUCCGUGUUUAUUGGCGCUGUGUAAAAUGAAUGUUCCGCAGUGAGAUCUGGAGCCUCAGUGCUGAUCUGUUUGAGCCCUGAAUAGGUGCUCCCUUUCAUACGCAUAGUGGGAUAUCCUGUAUACACAACCACUUUCCUUCCGCGUUUGGGGUGAGUGAA